CUCCAGGACAAAGGGUGGUUGUGCGGCCGACGAUUUAUGACGGGUGCUGUAGCUCGUGUAAGUUGGGAAUUGAGUACUGCUGUGAGAAUAUCGGGUUUAUCGGGCUAUCUGGUGAGCAGCUCUUGCUCUUUUCCUGACGGGACAAAGGCUAAUGAAUAGGCUAUGGCGGCGGAAUGGCCAAAUACAUGACCGCACCCAGUAACCACUUCUACCCCAUCCCCGACAAAGUCUCUCUCGAAGCCGCGGCCCUGAUCGAACCACUGGCAGUAUCCUGGCACGCCGUCAACGUGUCUCCUUUCAAACCCAACCAUAACGUGCUGAUCGUUGGCGGCGGUCCAAUUGGGAUCGGCAUCGUGCAGGUCCUCAAAUUGCAAGGCGCGAAAAACGUCAUAGUUUCCGAGAUGAUGGAGAGUCGUAAGAGAUUCGCGCUGGAGUACGGUGCAACGCAUGUCCUGGACCCGUUACAGGUUGACGUGGCCGAGAAAGUACGGAAGAUUACGAACGGUAUCGGUGCGGACGUGGUAUAUGACACGGCUGGUGUGGAGAUUGCGCUGAAUAGUGCUAUCCGUGCUUGUCGAACGCAUGGGAGUAUUGUCAACAUUGCGGUUUGGAAGAAACGGCCUGCGAUUCAUGUGAAUGAUCUGAUGUACCAUGAGAUCAAGUAUGAGGGUGCGACGUUGUAUGAUGAGGAGUCAUUCCGGGAUGUUAUCAGGGCGUUGAGCUAUGGUCAAUUGCAACCGGAGAAAAUGAUCACCGGGAAGAUAAGGCUGGACGAAGUGGUGGACAAAGGAUUCAAGGCCUUGGCAGGAGAAGAACGAGAGAAGCAUUGCAAGAUCCUGGUGGACGUGCAGAGUUAGCUGCAUACAAGUACUUACGCUAUGUACUUGUAGGAGGAGAAUAAAGAGGAGACGAUCACAUGAUAAUCACGAG